AUGAGGCGACGCCUCAAACUGUUGCGCUCCAAGUGGAAGACGCGCUUCUUUGUACUGCAGCAGACCAAGCAGACGUACGAGCUCAACUACUACAAAAACGAACAAUCCAACAAGAAGAAAGGUUCCGUCAACCUGGAGCGCUGUAACGAGGUCAUCGAGUCCAUCCACUGUGACUUUUUCCCCAACCUCCUGGCCCUGAAGACCUGGCACAAAGACAAGACCAGGAUGUAUUACCUGGCAGCGUCGUCCCAAGCCGAGAUGAAAGGUUGGGUUCACUGGCUAUGUUUUGUGUGUGGUAUC